CUCACUCAGAAUAGAAUAAAAAGGGCCCCAUCCCAGCCCUGGGAUGCAUGUCAGACAACUCACCAUGUGGUCCCUGAUCCUGCUCAGCCUGCUCUCUGGAGGCCUGGUCCUAACCAGCAAGAUCCAGAAUGAAUGUGCCAAGGGAGCAGCGUACUGGUGCAGCAACUUAAUGACUGCUAUCAAGUGUGAUGCUUUGGAUUACUGUGUCCAGACUGGGUGGAAUCAAGCCAGCGAUGUGAGUGUCUGGAACAGAAUCAGCAAUGAGGACAUGUGUGCAGAUUGCAAACAACUUGUCUCCAUUCUGGUGCGCAUGGCCAAGGAAUCGGCCUUUAAGAAAGCCUUCCAGAAGUAUUUGGAGCAGGAAUGUACCAAUUUGCCACUUCAGACACUUAUCCCUCAGUGCCAGGCCCUGGUAAAGGACUACUAUGCCCGUUUAAUUGCCAGCCUGGAAAAACAACUUGGUCCCAGCAUCAUAUGCACCCAGCUGGGGGCCUGUCCAGCUGACCUUCCAGGAAGCCAGGAUGGCUUCAUGCAGCUGCUCAGAGGGCUGGAGCAGCUCCUUCCACAGCUGCAAGGCCAGAGACCCAUUCUGCCCACUGGCCACACUCAGGAGUCCCCGCAGGAGCUUCUGCCCAUUCCCCUGCCUCUCUGCUGGUUGUGCAAGACGUUUAUUGGCAAGGCUGAGUCGGUCAUCCCCAAGGCCACUAUUGGCAAAGCCAUGUCCAAACUCUGCUACAUUCUGCCAGGGGUUGUGGCUGGCAUGUGCCAGUGUCUGAUGGAGAAAUACACGGUGAUCAUCGUGGACACAAUUGUGAGCAAGCUGGGCCCACGCCUGAUCUGUGGGAUGAUGCUGAUGUGUGCCUCGGAGGAAAACUGCAGUCCAGAGCCCCCUUUGCCAGCCACAGCUGAGGGAUGCCAGAUGUGCCUCAUGAUCAGCGGCCAAGUGAAGGCAUCUAUGGGGGCAAAUGGCACCCGGAAGGCAGUGGAGGCAGCCUUGUCCACAGCCUGUAGCCCUUCCUUUCCUUCCUGGCCUCAGUGCCACCACUUCCUCUACCAGCACCAGCAGAAGCUCUCCGCACUGUUAAUGAAGCCCUGGGACUCACAGAUUACCUGCCAGGAACUGGGUGCCUGCACAGCUGAGCAACUUUUGCAGAGUGCCACUUCUUGUGCCCAGGGACCCACUUACUGGUGCUCCAGCUUGAGUGCAGCCAAGCAGUGCAAGGCUACAAAGCACUGCCAGGAUCAUGUAUGGUUGUAACCAAGCGAGGAGGCCAGCUGAAGGCAAGACAGCCCUGCUCCUCUCCCCUUGACUGCAGAGGCAGAAAAGAAUCUCAACUAUUAAAAUUAACCUCCAGAUCACACUGA